AUGGAAUUGAAGUCAAAGAAUCCAGGAACAACUGUGAAGAUAGAUGUCGAAACUGAACCCAAUGGUCCCUUUCCAGGACAAAUUCUUACUGCAGUUGGGCUUGAUUCGAACAAUGGCAUUUACCCAGUUGCAUAUGCCAUUGUAGAGACUGAAAAUAUUAACUCUUGGACAUGGUUUUUGGAACACUUGGGUGAUGACUUAGAUUUGAAUUCUUCAUCUAACUUCACUUUCAUUUCAGAUUGGAAAAAGGGAAUCUUGGCUGCAAUAGAGAAGUUAUUUCCAUCAGCUGAGCAAAGGUUCUGUUUAAGACAUGUGUAUGACAACAUGAAAUUGAAACACAAAGGAGAUGAAUUGAGGGAAGCAGUAUGGUGUUGUGGAAAAGUAUACAACAUACCAAAAUUUAAUAGGGCUAUGGAGAAACUGAAAAAGCUUAACCCAGAAGCACAUGAGUGGUUAAGUAAAAUUCCUGCAAAACACUGGGCAAGAUCCCAUUUCUCUGGAAGGGCAUUGACUGAUAGUUUAACAAAUAACUUGUGUGAGGUAUUUAACUCCAAGCUAGAUAAGGCAAGGGACAAGCCUAUAAUCACUUGUUUGGAAUAUAUUAGAGAAUACCUCACAAAGAGAAUAGUAAAUGUUCAUAAGGUGCUAGACAAAUGCAAAGGUUCUCUAAGUACAACUGCAACAACAAUCUUAGAAAACAAUAAGACAGAGGCAAGUAAGAUGAGGGUUCUAUUUAAUGGAGCUGAUAAAUAUCAAGUGACUGGUCUAUGGAUGGAGCAGUAUGUUGUGAAUUUGAAAGAGAGGAGUUGCACUUGCAGGAAAUGGGACAUUACAGGUAUUCCAUGCCAGCAUGCUAUUGCUGCAAUGUAUGAUAAGAUGCAGAAUGGGUCAGAAUGUGGAGAUCCUGAGGAUUGGGUGAGCAAAUGUUACUGGCUCAGUACAUGGAAUGCUAUGUACCAACACACAAUUGACCCAAUAAAUGGAAGGAGCAUGUGGCCUACAUCUGAUUGUCCAACAACCCUUCUCCCACCCAAACAUCACAAACAGGUUGGUAGGCCAAAGAAAAAAAGGAAGAGGGCAGUUGAUGAGCCAAUUCAAAGUACCAAGUUAAGUAGGAAACACUUGACAGUCACUUGUAGCAAAUGCCACAACAAAGGUCACAAUGCUAGGACUUGCAAGGGGCAGGGAGGUCCUAGUGAAGCUGGAUAG